AUGAACAUGGGCUUCAGUUGCGUGCACUGGUCGGCGGACUGCAAGCUAGCGUGCGUCACGGACGAGAACAUCAUGAUAUCAACGUACUUGAACAAGGACCUCAGUCGGUUUUUGCUGCACCCACCCUUCCUCACACGCUACUUUCUUCCGCUGCCUGCCAAGGACACGAACGUUCCGGAGCCACCGACGCUGGACGGCGUGCAUGAGGACGGACUGGAUGCGCACGGCACCACGACCUAUCGCAUCCUAAACGAGCAGGCAAGGAAACAAUCAUCGAAUCCACAGGAAAUCCCCUGA